AAACGUUGACUCUAGAUGUUGCGUUCCACUGUACGGGAGUUGCCGCAUAAAACCAAUCUACCUAUUAAACAUCGUUCUCGUCAACAAUCAACAGGCAAUACAUUUAAAAUAGGGAAUAUUUGGAUCCAUUCCGAAACCUCCGACAGAUAAUAAAGGAUCGACUGAAGAGAACAAAAAGCCAUCAAAGGGUGGUCUACUAACGCAAAGUCGUGCUACUAUGGUACGAAUACUGAUUCAAUCCCAUUUGACUUGAACGCAGCUUCCCUGAGGUAGAAGACAGUGGAGCUCCGGGUUCUGCCAUCACCUGAGCCGGGUUCUGCCGCCCUUGAGACGGGGUUCUGCAGUCACCUGAGCCGGGGUCCUGCCGUCACCAGAGCCGAUACGUUCCGACUUCUACCUGCUCCAGAACGUCUGUCCGCCGCGGUCAGGAUGCGCCGCUCCUAGCCGCAGAACGCCUUCAGGCUCCACGAUGAGGAUCCCCAGACUGGCCAGUGUGUUCCUGUCGGUGGCCGGCCUGCUGGCCUACCUCAUGUACGUGAAGCAGCACUACGCCCGGCCCGCGGCCGCGCAGUACCGGCCCCCCGGCUACACGCUGCUCCGAGGGCCCGCUGGCGACCCGGGCCCCGCCACCGAUGAACCGGCCAAGUGGCACUUCCGCUACGGGGUGAUGAUCGACGCCGGAUCCACCGGCACCAGGAUCCACGUCUUCAAGUUCCUCCAUCAGCUCAACGAGGUUCCUAAAUUGGCCCAUGAAACGUUCAAAGCCAUUAAACCGGGCCUGUCUGCCUACGCUGAUGACCCAGAUCAGUGCACCGCAGGGCUGCUGCAGCUGUUCGAGGUGGCCAAGGCCAGCAUCCCAGCCGCCUUCUGGAGCCGCACGCCACUGGUCCUCAAGGCCACGGCCGGCCUGCGCCUGCUGCCCGGGGAGAAGGCCACGCAGCUCCUCAACAAGGUGAGGGCGGUGUUUUCAGAGUCUCCCUUCCUGUCCAGCAGCGACGCCGUGUCCAUCAUGGACGGAACUGAUGAAGGGAUCUCGGCGUGGAUCACUGUAAACUUCCUGACAGGGGGUCUGGGCGCGGCUGACUCCCCCACGGUGGGCAUGCUGGACCUGGGCGGAGGCUCCACCCAGAUCACCUUCAACCCCCAGGACGAGAAGACCAUCCAGACGUCUCCAAUCGACUUCAUCAGCUCCAUCCAGAUGUUCAAUACCAGCUACACCCUCUACUCCCACAGCUAUCUGGGUCUGGGUCUCCUCUCGGCCCGCCUGGCCGUCCUGGGGGGGGUCGAGGGUCAGGACGCCCCCGCAGGCAGUGUGGAGCUGGUCAGCCCGUGCCUGGCUCCAGAGCAGUCCUGCCCGUGGCAGCACGGGGAGGUGGUCUACACCGUCAGGGGGCAGAAGGAGGGCGAGCCGGUCUACGACGCGUGCCGGACCAAGGUGGAGAAGGUCCUCUACAGGAGGGUGCAGCCGGCCCCCGAGACCCGGGACCUGGACUUCUACGCCUUCUCCUUCUACUACGACCUGGCGGUGGACCUGCAGCUCAUAGAGGCGGAGAAAGGCGGCACAGUUAAAGUUUCCGACUACUCGAAUGCUGCCAAGAGAGUGUGUGAGAGGCCGUCAGAUCAGAGCCCCUUCCUGUGUCUGGACCUUACCUACGUCUCGGUCCUGCUCCAGGAGCUCGGCUUCCCCCCCGACAAGGAGCUGAAGCUGGCCCGCACCAUCGGGGAGGUGGAGACCAGCUGGCCGCUGGGGGCCGUCUUCCACUACAUGGAGGCCAACCGGCGGUGACCUAGGCCCCGCCCCUCCGCCACCGGACCGGCCAAUCACAGCCGGGGAACCUUUUAAUCCAGCCCGACCUGCCCCUCGACCCAACACUGACAACACCACCUCCUCCUCCUCCUCCUCCUCCUCUGGUUGGUCAGAUUCGCCAGGUGAUGACCCGGUCUCCUCCUCAGCCAAUCAGGAGCAGUGGCUGCUGUCCUGUGUUUUCCCAGCAGGAGUCACCGCUCAACUGGAGGUCCUCCAUGUUGUACCAAUCGUCCUCAACGCCCCGGUGCUGUGACACCACUUCCUGUCCUCCCAUCCCCUGACAGGAAGUGGAGGGUUCAGGGAGGUGUCUGCUCUCAGGCUCCUGUUGGUGUCUGGACUCUGAAGACACUUUUUAUUAUUGUUCAUACGACCGAUGAUGUUGUGAUUCUGGGGGCCGAGGGGCCACCUGGGGGCCCUCAUCGGAGUGGGGGUCCUCUUGGCAGCGUGUGGGCGUGGCCUCCGUCACACCGGCCCCGCCCUCUUCUCCCGCCCCUCGUACACCCAAAUCGUGUGUGUGUGUGUGUGUGUGUGUGUGUGUGUGUGUGUGUGUGUGUGUGUGUGUGUGUGUGUGUGUGUGUGUGUGUGUGUGUGUGUGUGUGUGUGUGUGUGUGUGUGUGUGUGUGUGUGUGUGUGUGUGUGUGUGUGUGUGUGUUUAAGGACACCUUCCUUUGUUUCCACAAGUGUCUUUAACAGUUUUAGGGGGGUGGGGGGGGGUUUAGUCUCUCAUUCUUGGACAUGGUCUGGAGUCACAUGACUCGGGUCAGGUGACCACCGGGCUCUGUCAGUUGACCUCUGCCCUCCGGGGCCAAGCCAAGGUUUUUGUAUUCUCUGAGAAUGUACUUUGUAUUACUGUGCCAUCGUACUGGUGUCUUAAAGUCACGUUGUGAUGGUCAACAGAAUGUAUAUCUUUUCAUGUGUUUUAUUAAAACAGUGUUUAAACCA